GUCGUUCGAAAUGAACGGUAACUACCCCAUGAACUAUUAUGCCCCUCAGGGAUAUCAGAAUAACGUCUACGAUGAGUACGAUACCGAGUUGGAUGCUUAUAACGAUGAAAUCAUGAACUCUUCUCCAUCCCCGCCUGAGCGGAGUAAUAGGAAUAAUUCUACCUAUGGCUUUGCUCCACAAUACGUUCAGCACUACGACGAUCCAAUAGAGGACUAUGUCGACCCAACCUUCCCUCAAGCUUCUGACCAGCCUUACUACGAGGAUGAAAAAUGGGAUAACCAGCAGGCUGAUGGAUACGAAGCAUUUCCCGAAGAACAAGGUAAUUUCGCGCCUACCAUGGCAGCUUACCCUCCUCAGUAUGACGUAGUUCCUUCAACGCUGCAAUAUAAUCAACACCAAGGCUACCAAAAUUUGUCAAGGAACUAUCACUUUCAACAGCAGCCCCCACUGUCGCAGCCUUCAAAUUCAUAUUCCCUGAACGCAAGCCGACCGUCGAAAAAUGAUCUUGCCCGCGAGGCACCUUCGUGUAAGAGCGCGAAGGGAAUUCGGCUGAGACCAGUUACGGAGCUUCCCGAUAUGUAUAGAGCAAUAUUCAAAUUCGGCGUUUUCAACGCUGUUCAGUCCUCAUGUUUUGACACUCUCAUGCAAAGCAACGAAAACAUAGUAGCGAGCGCACCUACUGGUAGCGGAAAGACGGUCCUCUUUGAAUUGGCAAUCAUACAAAUGUUGACCGAGACAAAUAGCGCAUCGGACAACUCAGUCAAAUGUGUCUACAUGGCACCGACAAAGGCGUUAUGUUCGGAGAGAUAUCGUGACUGGACAACCAAGUUCAGUUCACUGGGUAUCAAGUGUUGUGAACUGACAGGCGAUACCGUUCACUUUGGGAAGGGCGUGUGGGGAGAUGCAAAGAAUUCCACGAUAAUUGUCACGACGGCUGAAAAGUGGGACAGUCUAACGAGAAAUUGGGGUGACCAUGGAAGGAUCUUAUCUUCCAUUCGGUUGCUUUUGGUCGACGAGGUUCAUAUACUCAAUGAAUCUAGAGGCAGCACCCUCGAGGUCGUCAUUUCUCGCAUGAAACUGCGUGGAUCCGGUGUCCGAUUCGUGCUUGUCUCGGCGACAGUUCCUAACAUCCAGGACAUAGCAUCUUGGAUCGGGAGUGCCAGACGUGAUGGAAGCUCUGCAAAAGUUUUCGAAUUCGGUGAAGAUUUCCGCCCUUGUAAGCUGAAGCGGGUUGUUGUCGGGGUUCCUCGACAACGCAACCAGAAUGAUUUUCAAUUCUCCAAGCUUCUUGAUUAUAAAUUGUUCUCAACGCUGCAAACGCACUCCGUUGGGAAGCCUAUACUUGUUUUUUGUCCGACUCGGAAAGGUGUUUUCGCCACUGCUGAUCAUAUAUUCAAAGACUAUAUUGAAGCUGAAAAGAGGAAGCAAUCUUUGCCUUGGACCCAUUCCGAAAGAGUUGAACAUGUUUUCCAGGACAAGCGUUUGGCAGAAUGGGCAUCAUAUGGCAUCGGCGUCCAUCACGCAGGACUGUCGCUAGAUGACAGACGUGCAGUUGAAGGCCUCUUUUUAAAGACUGUCCUCCGCAUAGUCAUAGCGACAUCAACCCUUGCUGUGGGAGUCAACCUUCCUGCCCAUACCGUUGUUAUCAAAGGGGUCCAGACCUUCCAAAACAAUGUAUCGGUCGAGUACUCUGAUCUUGAUGUAAUGCAGAUGCUUGGUCGUGCAGGUCGACCCCAGUUUGACAGUGAAGGGACUGCCAUAAUAUUGUGCGAGAUUGAACUUGAGAGCAAAUAUCGAGAGCUCGUUCAAGGCAAAACCAUCCUCGAAAGUUCCCUCCAUGUAAAUUUGUCUGAGCAUCUUAACUCUGAAAUUGGCUUAGGUACUGUCACAAGUAUCAGCUCUGCCACCGAUUGGCUUCGGAAUUCGUUCUUAUUCCAGAGAAUUCAGAAGAAUCCUCGACACUACGCGCUCGGAAAAGGCGAAGAUCAGACUUGGGAGGAACGCGUUGAUGAUUUGGUCAUGCAGAGUAUAGCGAAAUUGAAGGAAUCUGAACUCAUUACGUGUUCUGAAGACGGUGGAGAUGGACAACUAAUUUCUACAGAAUAUGGGGAUAUUAUGAGUAAGUUCUACAUUCGUCAAGCUACAAUGAGGGCCAUUCUUGCUCUACCAGAACAGCCAAGUCUUCGGGAUAUCCUCGAGAUGAUUUCUGCCUCAGAAGAGUUAAAUGAAUCCAAGAUCCGUGCUUCCGAGAAGACGUAUCUGAAUAAACUUCGGCGACACAAUGACAUUCGCUUUGAAGUUAAGAAGGUCGAGAAGACCUCGGACAAGACGUUCUUGCUGAUCCAGGCCGUUUUGGGUGGUCUCUCCCUUAAUUCGCCUGAGUACAAGACAGGGGAUAGCCAGCCUCAGUUGGACGCAUUCAGCGUUUUUCGUCAUAUACCGCGCAUCGCCAGAGCUGUCGUAGAGGUGGCAAUCACGAAGAAACGUGGGGCACAGCUGAAACACGGAUUCGAAGUAUUACGAUGUCUUACUGCGAAGGCUUGGGAAGAUCGGCCUGUUGUGCUGCGUCAAAUCGAGUCAAUCGGAGAAAAAUCAUUAAAGGUGCUGGCGGAGCACGGCAUAACGUCAAUCGAUAUUCUGCGAAAGCAAGAUUCUCUGAGACUCGAAGCACUAUUAAAUCGACGUCCUCCAUUCGGCCUUGAGAUGUUGGCAUCUGCGCGAGAAUUUCCCUCCUACAAGUUGAGAAUAACAGAGAUCGAAGUCCGCACAAGCGACGCUGAAAAGCCGGUAGAAGUCGACUUAACGAAGUCCUUGAAAGAAACCAAAACUUUUGAAGUUACUGCAGAGUUGGAAAAGCCGAGCCAGUCCAUCAUUGUCUAUAUAUCUUCCGAAUCCGUAGCGGGAGUUACAGUGACCAAGGAUUAUAAACCUGACAUCGCGCCAUCCCAAUACCCUAUCAGAAAUACUCGUCCCCAAACUACCCUAGACCUAGAAAUUGAGGGAUAUGAACAAGAUCCCGAGUUUUGGGGCCUGAUGGAUAGUGCCAUCGACAGUUCGGAGGAAGAGGCGGAAGUGAGAGAUCUGACCAAGAAAGAAGAAGAUGUGAGCGCCCAGCUAGCGAAAAAGAACAAACCUGGUUCCAGCGUUUUAGCGGUUCUGGAUGCCUCCAAAGCGCCCCCAAAGCUACCGAACGGAAAUUAUCUAUGCAACCAUUCUUGCAAGGACAGAAACAAAUGUCGUCACCUUUGCUGUAAAGAAGGCACAUUGCAUCCACCGAAGAAAACGAUGCCCACAGCUGCGACGACGACGAAAACAUUGAUCUCUAGCAGGGUCUUGACCACCAAGAAGACGCCUUCGCGCCCCGACCGUACCCUAGAAAAUUUGGAGGCUUUACACAAGAACACUAACGUUCAAGACAACCUCAAACUCACUGAAGGACAAAGGAUCAAACUAGAACCCAUUCCUGACCUGAAGAAGCGGAAGCGAAAGGCCGCUCCUGACCCGGAGAUCAAGUUCGCCGACAUCGGAGAUUCUCAACCGCUGCAAGAUGUGUGUCGCGACAUCUCGUACAACCUAGACGACGACGACGAUCUUCCCGAGCCUCAUGAAAUCAUGACUUCUGCUCCUCAAAAAUACACUCCUUCCUCUGAUGACUACGCUGACUCUGAUAUUGAUACUCUGAUUCGUUGUUUCCCUGAUGACAACGACUUUGGCACACGUCCUGCUUCACCUCUAAAUCCUCGCUUCUCACCAAGUCCUGUGCCGAAACGUAUGAAGUUCAGUGAUGAAUCACCGAAAAACGACCCUCUUUUCGUCCAUGCCUCGGAUUCUGAUGACGAAGUGAUUAUCAUUGAUCAUGAUGAACUGGCCAAAGCUGAGAGCAAGCAAGAUGACUAUGACGAUUUCACCUUGGACCCCAGUUGCUUUGAUAUUAUACCUUCUACGCCGGACCUAACUAUAACUUCGGACAAUAGCUUUAGCAGUCAGCAGAACUUGAGUGUCCUGGUACAAGAGCAUGACACAGAGAAUACGGUCGAAGAGAAAAUGGAAGAAAUCGAUGACUUCGCAGAGCUCGAGGCUUGGUUGAACAGUGGCGCUGUCGAAAUCAUUCCGUAAUGGCCGAUUUAGCUUUUCUGCUGCUUUGUACUACA